CUCAAGGACUGCUUCAAGGGCGUACAUGAUUUGUUUGUUGUGAUGUGAUUCUGGGGGAUGUCUCUAGAACAGCUUUCGAGAAACAGUUAUGUCUGUAAAAAAAAUGAGAAGUGUUUAUAAAGAAGUAGUCGGUACACUAACUCCUAAAUACAUAAUUGAAAACAAUACUGACCUUCCACCUCUAACUCGAUAUUCUGUUUUGAUUGAAGUUAAAGCAUGCUCACUUUCAGAAGUAGAUAUAAAGUUGAUGCAGCUAGUGAGUCGAGACUCUUCGCCUUCUCACUAUAGUGUUGGUAAAGACAUCUCAGGUAUUGUAAGAGAAGUUGGAAAUGCUGUUACCUCAUUGAAACCUGGCGAUGAAGUUGUAGGAAUCAUCCCCCUUGAUUAUGGAUUUUCUGGAUGUGCAGAAUAUGUAGUUUUGCACGAGUUUGAUGUCACUAAAAAGCCUGAAACUGUUAGUUUUGUUGAUGCAGCUGCAUGUAUUGGUGAUGCUGUUCGAUCCUACACAGCCCUUCAUUAUCUGGGACGACUGAGCCAUGGAGAUACAGUGCUGGUAAUGGAUGGGGCUUCUGCAUUUGGAAGCCUUUGUAUUCAGUUGGCCCACCACUGGGGAGCAAAAGUAAUUACAACUGUUAGUUCUGAAGAUGAAAAAUUGUACUUGGAUGGUUUAGAAGAUCAAGUGGCCUUGGUUAUUGAUCAGAGGAAAAGAUCUUUGAGUACCUAUCAUACGUCAAGCUUUAGAAAUGGCAAUAGUGAAAUGAUCUGGUCAGCAUGUAUGGAAGAGACAGGAGGUUUAGGUGUUGAUCUCAUUGUAGACAAUGGUGUCACACUCUUCUCUGAUAAUGAAUACAGGAUACUUACAAAUGAUAACUAUUCUUAUCCUGUGCCAAGUAAACAUGAAAUUAUAUCUGCUCUUGCUGUUGGGGGAAGGUGGAUUACAUCAAAAGAAAAUCUACAACUGGAUCCUCCGAAUUCUAGGCUACUAUUCUUGAAGUGUGCAAGUUUGGGAUUUCUUUUUGAACAUGCUUGGACUUUGUCUUCAACACAGCAAGGACAGUACUUACAUAUUCUGAUGGACAUCAUGGAAAAAGUUGCUGAUGGUGUAAUUAGGCCAAAUGUCUACCAUACUGUGUCAUUUGAUUCAGUGCCAGAAACUAUGAAAAAGUUGCCAAGUGUCCGUGUUGGAAAAAUUGUAAUGAAAAUGGAUUAAAUGGCAGCAAUAAUACUCUGCAAUUAUAUUUAACUUCAUUUGUUAGCAGGCAUGCUACAUAUAAAAUGUAGUCAUUUUAUGUAAAUGGUAAUAACAAGUUUUAGUUAGUAUAGUAUUAAUAUUAAAGAACUCUGUACCAAGCGACAGUAUUUAUAUAAUGAUGCUUUAAUUUGGGAUAGAAUUGGGCACUUAUCUGAAUGUGAUGCUUUUAUGUUAAUGCAUAAUUUAUUUUUCCUUUAGAGUAGAUGUAAUUUUUUUUGUAUCGUUAAGCUAUAAUUGCUUAAAUUAAAUAGUUAUUUGUCCUGAUGUUUUGCUCUAACUUUUUUGUUGUUGUUGUUGUUUCUUCUUUUAUUUGAUUCUCAUGAUAAAGAAAUCAAUGUGAAUAGUAUUUCAGCAAUGUCAUGUGAUGCAUUUUUAAAAUACAAUUAUUGUAUAUAUUUUUUCUAAUGUCAUUAAUAACUCUUUAUUUUUUGUAAUUUUCAUGUGAUUAUUUGUGAUUUAUGAUUACUUCAUAUAAAAAUGGGAAAUAAGAGUAACAUUAGAUUUCUAUAUUUAAAAGAGUAGCAAUAUAAUGAGAUUGAAUUUCUUUUGAAAUAUUUUGCCAAAAAUCAUUUUAUCUAAUGGUGAUAUUUCUUUCUUUGAAUUACUGGAUGCACUGACAUCUAGGUUGUAGUGUAUUAUUCAAAUGUAUCUGAUAGACAAAUUUAAAGUGCAGAUGUGCCAAUAUAAUAUGAAGAAUUACUUUGUUUAUCUCCCCAUCUUCAUUUCAUUCUUUUCAUUUACUAGGCAUUUCUUCCAUAUGUUUUUCUUAUUAACAAUCUAUAAAUGAAAAUUGAUGGUCAUAAUUUUUUGUACUGCAGCAAUGUGUUAUAUAACUAUUAUAUGAUAAUGCUUUCUAUCAGGAAGUUUUAUUUCCUACAUUUAGCAUAAGCAGAAUUAACAUAUAUUCUUUUUAAUGACAUUUUUUGGAAGGGAAGUUUAAUUAUUAUUCCUUAUAGUGAACCUAAUAAAAAGAUAAAUGAAAGUUUUUGAUAUCUUUUAAUUGAUCUAAAUAUUAUAUAAAUUCUAAUUUAUUUAAAUUCAUCCUUUUUACAACAGAAUGAAAUCUUGUGAGAUGAGUUUAUAAUUUAAAAUAUUUAAAAAUUAUUUCUAUGAAUUUCUUUAAUUAUUUCAUCAAAAAAUUUUUAAUACGGCACGUUCUAAUAACACAUUAUAGGGCUAAAUUUUGUUCUGUUAAUUUUUUAUGAAUUUUAAAAAAAACUUUACAUUUUUAAUACAAAUCCUUAGUUAAGGAAAAAAAAAAGUAUAUUAUUUUAUUAACUGAUAUGUAACUUAGUGUUGGCACAUCUGAUAUAACUAUUUAAAGGAGAACUAAACGUCUUAAAUAUAGAUUUGAGUGUAUACUUUAGUAAAAGCAUGCAUACUAUUGCUUUUCUGAAACUGAAAAAAAAAAAAAAAAAAAAAAAAGAUAUAUAAAUGGAAUUAGCAUAAACAUAGGAAGUUGGACAUUUUUCUUUAUCCUUAGGUAAAAGUGAAACAUUUGAUGAUUGUUGAGUUCAAAGGCUAUUUGAAAGCAUCUGUUGUAAUUGUCAGUCUUCAGAAUUCAUGUAAUAUUAUAAUUCAUUUAUGAUAGUUUUCAUUCCAUGUGUGUAUACAUUGAAUGUUAUUUAAAUACUUCUUUAUAGUAUUUUUUUUUAAUUUUCUGUAUAGAUUUACUGAGAAACUUGUUGUUUAGAGAACAACGUUUCUUUAGUUCCUAUCAUUCCAUAUUUGAUAUUUUUUGUAUUUUAAUUACUUUGAGAUAAUAAUAAUUAUUAUUUAGGAUAAUAAUUAAAAACUAUUAAUUAUUAUCCUAAAUAAGCUGAGGACUUUCCAUAUUUAGUUUCUUUUGUUUAAGGAAAUCACUGGUGUUGGAUCUACAAUUUCCAUAUGAUUUUUAUUUUACUUCCCUUAUUCCUUUUAUGAAAUACUUUUUACAAACAAUUUCAAGAAGGAAUUUUUUUCCCUUGUGGUGAACUUGAAAAAACAAACAAACAAAAAAACCCAACAUUUUGUUAGUUGUAUAUUAAUUUAAUUAUUAUAUUUGAUAUUGUUUCCAAGAGCUCUUUGUAUAGAAUAUUUAAUGUUGCAAGUCUAGUCUUCUGGUCCAGACUUUCCUACAUCACCUUAUUUGUUUUAUCUCCCAUUUUUAGUUUUUUUUUUCUCCUUUUCUUCUAGUAAUUGUUUUUGUUUAUUUUAUUUAUAAUAAAAGUAAAGUGAAGAAUUUUAUCCCAACCUAAUUUUUUCCUUCACAAUAUUUAUUUCAGUUAUAUUGGACUUUUUCUUGCUUGUAACUGAUCGUUUCAUGGUAGAUUUUAAAUUUUAUUUGUUAUUUAAAUGAGAAAUAUUAAAAGAAAUGUAUGCGAGUCUGGACUAGGUUUGAUAGAAUUAAAGAAAUAUAAACUUUUUGGAAAUGCUCAGCAGCUAAUAAGAUUUUGAACUGCAUAUGCUGAUCCUUAUUUUGUGAAAAUAUUGCCAAGAUAUUUUUCCAAGAUAUAAAUGUUUCGGGUCAGACAUUAAAUAUUUAUGUGCAUCAGUGUGCUUCUUUAAUUUAUUAUAAAUGUGUUUCAUCUGCUGUGUUAUACAUCAUGCAUUAUCAUUAUCAUCUGCACAACUGUUGAAACUGAAUGCAAGUAUGCAUGUUAUAUUUGCCAUUGAUAUAUAAUUCUUAGUUAUGUCAUUGCAAAUUUUAAAAAUAUGUCUUACCAAGUAGUAUUAAUUUUAACUGGAUUUUAAUGCAUAACAUUUUAAUUUGAAGAUUAUUAAUGUCUUAAAAUUCUUUUAUGAAUUAUAAAUAUAUACCUGUCCACUAAUUUUUAAAAAUUAUUAUAUAUUCAGCAAAACUGAUUCAUUAUCAAGUAGAAAUUUCACUUGGAGUUUGAUUAACACACUUUUGUCCUAUUUUUAAAUUGAAGAAAAUUUUACAUUGGGAAAAGUGUGUUUAGUUAAAAGCCAUUUUUAUACUCUAAGGCGAAGCUGGUCUUUGUCUCAUACUGCUUUGGUAAGACAGCUUACUCUGUGUUAAAAUGUGUGCCAUAUAUAAAUGUUGGUAAGCCUGAAGCCCAUAAUUAUUGUUGAGAAGGCUAUCUUGUCCGAUUGUUGAUUUUGUGAGAAGAAUUGUGACAAUGAUGAACUCAUAUUAAAAUAAUUUUGCUUAUU